UUCAGGCUCUCAUUCGCACACACGCAGUCGAAGCGACAGCAGUGAAAGUCCGGAGUAUGGAGGCGACGAAAGCGAUGGUUGGAGAACAGCGGAGAGACUGUGGAACAGAAGGAAUGGAUCAUGUCUAAGAUGAUACAUCCUACAGUCAGUAACUAGAAUGAUGAUAGAUGAUUUCAGUAAAACAUGCAGAAGAGCGAAUCCCAAACCCUGCAACAAAUGCUCAUAAUUUACCCACAAAGGGGAGACGCUGGAUUCUCACCAUCCAUUUUUGACAGUUAAUGUCAAGCAGUACACAGAUGCAGCAAAGAUCUGCAUAUCUGCCUGAGGUAUCGUCACUAAUGGCUGAAAAGCUGUUCAAGAUUUACAGCUCCAACCGCACAUGAAUACCUCACGAUGCCUUCGAAAGUCUCAUGCCUGUACGUGCUGACGGUCGUCUGCUGGGCGAGCGCUCUCUGGUAUCUCAGUAUAUCCAGACCCACGUCGUCCUACGUGAGCCAGCUGUCCGCGCCCGCGCGCAAACCCACGAAAGCGCACAAGAACGUCAGCGUCACGUUUGGGAACAUCAGGACGCGGCCGUUAAACCCCCACGCUUUCGAUUUCAUCAUCAACGAGCCCAAAAAGUGCGAAACGAACGUUCCCUUUCUCGUCAUCCUCAUAACGACGACGCAUAAGGAGUUCGACGCCCGCCAAGCCAUUCGAGAGACGUGGGGCGACGAGAGCACGUUCAGCGACCUCCGCAUCAUCACGAUGUUUCUGCUGGGACGCAGCACGGACGCGGUGCUCAACCAGAUGGUGGAGCAGGAGAGCGAGAUCUUUCACGACAUCGUAGUGGAGGACUUCAUCGACUCGUACCACAACCUCACGCUCAAAACGUUGAUGGGAAUGCGCUGGGUGGCCACCUUCUGCAACCAAGCCAAGUACGUGAUGAAAACGGACAGCGAUAUCUUCGUAAACAUGGACAACUUGGUGCAUAAACUCUUGAAGCCGGCCACCAAGCCCAGACGGAGGUACUUUACGGGUUACGUCAUCAACGGAGGACCUAUAAGGGACAUGCGCAGCAAGUGGUACAUGCCCAGGGAUCUUUACCCGGAGAGCAAGUAUCCUCCGUUCUGCUCGGGCACAGGGUACGUGUUCUCCGCCGACGUAGCCGACUUGAUCUAUAAGACUUCUCUGCACACCAGACUCUUACACCUGGAGGAUGUUUAUGUCGGCGUGUGUCUCAGGAAGUUGGGGAUUCACCCGUAUCAGAACAGUGGCUUCAAUCACUGGAAAAUGGCCUACAGUCUCUGCAGGUACCGCAGAGUCAUUACCGUGCACCAGAUCUCUCCUGAAGAGAUGCAUCGGAUCUGGAACGACAUGACUAGCAAGAAACAUCUCAAGUGUUAGAUAAAGACACCUCUUCGUGCCCUUUUUAUACCCGCAGUGCAAGGAGUUUUGGGACAUGUGGUGCACAUACUGUAGAGAUCUUUCUUAGAAACACUAACACCCUUCUGGGGCAUUUAAACAAAUCCAGACAACUAUGAUGAGAAAUGGUAGAUGAAAUACUCUUCAUGUUUAUAUUAUAACUGUGCUGGUCUGUUUUAAAGCAAGUGAAGGUGCAACUGCUGGUUUAGAAAAGAAUUCAUGCUAACUUGCGUGAUCAUUUUGCUUUUGAGUUUUCGGUUUGCAAAGCAAAUGAAUGUUGAUGAUAUUUUGUGUUUCUUUUUUUGCACAGCCGUGACAGAAGUAAAACCUGUGCACACAGAUAUUUAGAAUUUGAACGCCUUUUAUACACAUUUUUAUUGCUUUCAGCUGUUUGCUAACAACUCUUUUGACACAUUUUGACCGUGUUCAGAUCCAUUACCCAGAAUUGCACUCGCAAAAAAAUGUGAAAGUGUCAGACAAAUGAGAGUUGAACUGUUGCUUGAUUUAUGUUUACAUGAUGAAAAAAAGUGAAUAGCUUUUUUCCGAGAAAACAAACAAACAGUGAUGUAUAGUUUGUUAUUUACAACCGGUAGAAAAAUGAUUUUCUUACCCCCAAAAUCCAAGCAGAAACAGCUUACACAUUUGCAGUGUUUGCAAUUGUAAAUUAAAGUCAUGAUGGCUUUAAUAACUUAUGGGUUUACUGUAUAAUGCAGUGUACAUCUGACAUUUAAUCAAGCACUAUGAAAACGAGGAAGUCAAAAUUGGAAAUCUUUCAUUGGAAAAUGAUUCUGUUGAGGCCAAAAUGUGAUUCAUGUUUAUUUUUUUUUUUGGAAAUUGUUUGCUUAUUGCUGGGUAGUGACAUUUAACUGUGACAACAUUAAUGAUCAACACACUGUCCCCAUGGGGAUGUUGUAUUAUACUGUGUAUUUUUACAUAAAAAUCUAUUACUGUGCUUUUUUAAAGUGGUUACAUUUUUAUUUGAUUGUUUUUCUAAUUUACAUCUGAAAUGGUUGACAUGGUUUUGCUUCAGGUAAUAAGUAUUUUUAGACAAAAGAAGUCUUAAAAUCCUUUCAAAGUAAGGAUUUACAAUAAAGGUCUAUUUGUUAACAUUAGUUAAUGCAUUAACUAGCAUGAACUAACAGUGAGCAAUAUUUUGACCCUGAACCACAAUACCAGUCAUAAGUGUAAUUAUUUUAAAAUUGAGAUUUAUACAUCAUCAAAGCUGAUUAAUAAGUUUUCAAUUAGGAUAGAAUAACUUAAAAAUCUAGAAUCUGAAGUUGCAAAAAAAAAUCAAAAUAUUGAGAAAAUCGCCUUUCAACUCUUUCCCCGCAUUUGACGAGUUAUCUCGUCAAUUAAGAGAGAACAAUUGCAUAAAAAACUUGUUCCUAAUGAGGUUUUAUGUUAAUCUGUAAUACCGUGAUUAUCCACUAGAUGGCACUUAUCAAUUUAUUAAAAAAAACUAAAGCAAUUUUUUUUUACUUUGUGCACUGCAAAAAAAUUAAAAAAUUCAAGAAAAAAAUGUCUUAGUAUUUUUGUCUUGUUUUCAGUAAAGAUAUAUAAAAAUUCUUAAAUAAAGAUGCUUUUUUGAUGAGCAAAACAACCCAAGAAAAUAAGUCUAGUUUUUUAUAAGUUUUAAAUUUAAGUCAUUUUGUGCAGAAAACAAGCAAAAAAAAAAAAAAUCUGCCAAUGGGGUAAGCAAAAAAAUCUUGAGAACAUUUUUCUUAAACACUAAAUUCAAUUUGCUUAUUUAAUCAUUUUUAGAUAUUUUUACUCAGAACAAGACAAAAAUACUAAGAUUUUUUUUUCUUGAAAAUCAUUUUUUUGCAGUGUGUAUGUUUUGAUAAUCAUUCUGAAUCUGAUCUCUAACAAAAUUCCUUCAUAAAAAUGCAAUUAUUUCAGCUUUUUGGUUUAAUUUUUUUACAUUUUAUUGAAAAAUACCAAUUUUUAAGUGUUUAUAAGCAGAGAAAAAAAAUUAGAUAGGAUGAAACUUUUUCCCCCCAUUUUGUUUGUUUGUGUAUUGUUUGUUUGAAAGCAGAGGGUCUGUUAUUAAAUUUGCUAUAUUGUUAUGUUUAUAUAUUUUUAGAAUGAAAAUUUUCCUGGAAAGCAUUUUGUGAAACUUAUGAAAAUCAUAAAAAAUGCUGGCGGCAACUUUUCAAAAAAUGACUUCCGGGGAAUGAGUUAAGUUGUACAAAGUCCUUAGCAACUGCAUCUACUCACAAAAAUAAAGUUUUGAUAUAUUUACUGUAGGAAAUUUACUAAAUAUCUUCAUGGCAUAUUUAUUUUACUUACUUUUACUUAAUAUCCUAAUUAUGUUUGGCAUAAAAGAAAAAUUGAUAAUUUUGACCCAUACAAUGUAUUUUUGGUUAUUGCUACAAAUAUACCCCUGCGACUUAUGACUGGUUUUGUGGUCCAAAGUCACGUUAAGUAUUUAAACAGCAUUUUGUAAUCUUUGUUAAAGCUGCAUUUAACUGAUUUGUUUAAAAAAUUGAUUCAGCUUUUGAGCAAGUACUAAAAAAAAAUUUGUUCAAAACCCUCUCUUCUUUACUCUGAUUCACAAUGGUUCAGAGUCGCUUUUUGAAGCUUCGAAUCAAUUAAACCAAUUGCUUCGCAAAUUGAUUCAGUUUUUCGAAGCGUUCAAAACACCAUACACGCUGGCGACACCUGCUGGUCAAAAUAGUGUAAAAGCAGCAAGAUCUGUCCAAACAUUUUACCCUUUUAACAAAAUGAUAGCAAGAUUGUUCUAAAAAUGUUUUUAAGAAAAAUACAUUAUUUAAUUUAAUACAAAAUUAAAAGUGUAUUCUGUGUUUUUAGUUUUAUGUAUGGCAAACAAAUCAUUAAAACUAACUCCCAUUUUAAUUAUGCACAAUUUUGUCAUUAAAUCUGUCUAUAAACAAAAAGUAGACCAACUGGUAGUGUUAUUAGUCAGAAGGAUGAAUGUUUUAUGAACUUUUACAAUAUAACUGACCCGUGUUCACCUACACUGGUUUUUUUUUUUGAUCAACUCCCCCUAGUGGUGAAUCGUUGGAUUUUCGAAACGUUUCGAAACAGUUAUGAAGUAAUGAAGCCUCAUUUGCUAAAAUCACAUGACUUUGGCUAGUUUGAAACAAGCUCCGAACCAAUGAUUCGAAACAAAAAAUUCGUAAAUGUUUCGAAGCCUCAUGAAGCGUGCUUCGAAAUCGCCCAUCACUUGUGCUAUCAAAAUAUCUUCUAUUGUGUUUAUCAGGAAAAAAAACUCAUACAGGUUUAAAAACAACACGAGUAUGAGAAAAUGACGACAACAUUUUAAUUUUUAGGUAAACUAUCCCCUUAAAUUCAACUUGCAUGCAUAAAAUAACCUGCAUUUUUUUGUUUGAUUUACAGUAGACAUGGCAAUAGAGAGACAAAAAUUACAGAUAGCUGCUUUAAUGUUAGUUCAUUCACAUACAGUUCACGGUUUAUGUUAGUUCAUUGUGCAUUAACUAAUGUUAAUGUUAACUGUUGAGUUUAAUUAUGUAUCUGUAAAUGUUGAAAUUAACAUUUACUAAGAUGAAUAAAUGCUAUAGAAGUGUUGUUCAUUGUUAGUUUAUGUUACCUAUAGUGUUCUCAAUUAUACGGUAGAUGAGUCUAACACAAAAAAAAAACAUUUAAAGUAGGAAUUUUAU